CUGAGCUGCUAAAAGACAAACCAGUAUCAAGAUGCCUAUAGUGAAGGCAGGGGGUGGAUCAGUCCGUAAAACAAAGAAAAUUUCUGUGAAAACUUCUUUAAAUAACCCAUAUGUUAUCACAUGGCGUACUCUAGAGGGAGAAGAUGUGAACUUUAUACUACAGACCUUGGAAGAAAGGAUUAAAUAUACUGGACUUAAAAAGAUUGAAGUUGCAAGCAGGAAAAAGAAUUCUAAUGCAAUAAAACAAGCCAAAAAAACCUGUGAUACUAGUGCUAGUGAACUUCUAAAGGAGAAAGAAAAGGAAGGUACUCAACAAGGGUGGACUGACUUAAAUAUCAGGAAGCAGCUUGCCAUUGGAGUUAAUGAAGUCACAAGAGCUUUGGAAAAAAAUGAACUUCUUUUAGUGCUGGUAUGUAAAUCUGCAAAACCUGCUCUGAUCACUUCGCACCUUAUUCAGCUGAGUGCAAGUCGAGCGGUUCCAGCUGGCCAGGUCCCACGUCUUAGUGAAAGCAUAGCUCCUGUUCUUGGUUUAACCUCUGUUCUAGCACUGGGCUUUAAAAGGAACUCUGACAGCUUUACUGAAGUAGUAGAAGCUAUAAUUACCAGGAUUCCUACCUUGGAUGUACCAUGGAUUCACCAUGGAACUGAGCAGUCUGUGCCAGAUGCAAAUACUGGUUCUCUGGAAAUAGAAACUUCCGAGCUUAUGGACACUUCAGUGGAGGAGUUCUCCCUAAGCCAAAAGCGGAAGCAUACUGAAAGUUAUACACUAGAUGCACCAACUGUAACUUUACAAACCCUCAAAGUUAAAAAGCUUGUUCCAAAUCCGAAUAAGAUAAGGAAACCCCCCAAAAAGAAAAAACGCAUUUCAAAAUAAAAUAACUCUUUCAGGUUCUUUCA